AUGCGCUUGAAAGCGCAGCAAGAGCUUCAAGAUAAAGCUCAAGCCGCAUCUUCCACCAACAAACCCAUAGGCGUGACCGCCCUCGGUGCCAUCGAUGUCGACAGCGACGAAGAGAAUCUCGGAUCACUCAUGCUUGGAAGCACGAAACGACAGGCAGCGCUCAAACGGCCCGCCAGCUACAGUAUCGACCCACUGAACGACUCUUCCCGUCUCAAGCGUCACCCGCACCGGCUUCCCACUUCGCUAGCGAAAUACGCUGCGGUACCAGCGAGCAAGACAUCCAUGAUAGAUGGCUUGCUGCGUGAGCAGCGGCGCAAGAUCAAACGUGGAACAGACGCCGACGGCUUUUCGAGAGCAGAAGCUAUCGCUACUAGCAUGGAGCACGAACGUCUCGGUCGGAUGGGUAUUGCAAUUAGUGAUGUUGAUUCAGAGAAUCCGCACCUCAACCACGACAAGUCUUCUCGAUUAGCCAAAGUAGGUCCCAUACAGGCGAAAGGUAGCAAAAACAACUUAUUUCGCUAUCCGCUCAAUCUCAAUGCAAAAGAGGAAGAACAAGAGAUGAUGGUCAGGGCUUUGUCGCCGACAAUUCCAUCGUUUCUGUGGUCCUCGCAGUCGGAGGCCUCUGGCUCGGAUGACGAGGCGGAGCACCAUGUUGAUGCAAACAAGGCAAAGCAACAACUCGCAGCGUCCCUCGCUGCGGUCGGUGCAGAUGAAGAUGAAAAGCAACUAGCGCUCAACAUUUUUCAGUCAGACGCAGGUGGCAGCAAGACCGGUCAUGCUCCAGUAUCCAAGGCUCAUAUCAAGUUCUACAGGUCAGACAAGGUACUUGCUCCAGUCGCCACUUACUUCUGCCCACUUCCUUCCGUCGAGAAAGAUCCUGAACAAAAGCAACCUAUUUCGGCUGCGAACGCAGGAACGAGCGCACAAACAUCUCUACCACCAAUCUCCAACCAGCCCAAGUGGGACACGCUCGCUCAAUGCAUCCUUCUCGCCGGUAUGCUUCCACCUUCGCUUGGUCUUGAUAGGCGUCAGAUCAGGCGCAUCCUAGUCUGGCUCGCCAUCACAUUUAUCCUGGAACGUGGUGCCAUGCAAAGUCAACUCACAUGCGCCCUCUUCCGGUCUCUGAUCUUUCAACCCGAAAAGUCCCACUACGCACAGCAGCUCGAUGCGGCCAUUCCAAGAGCACUCACCGACGUAGUCCGACGCGUGCCUCACAUCCUCAGCAGCAUCGGAAUGGACCCCGACGUGUUUGAAAAGUGUUUUCCCGAUCACCCUGACGUGGCUGAUGUUGCUUGCUUCAGCGCAGCACCAGCGAAGCUUUCUGCACUGCAGAAGCACGAGAUCGCAAGCAGCUCGUCGACUAGCGCCGUGGCAUGCGAGUUGCACAUGUAUCUCACGCAGACCGAACGCGACGAUGUCCUCAUCAACCUCGCUCGCAUGCUCGACAUGAUCGCUGGCGCCUCCACUGAUGCGGCGUUUGUCGAAGACAAGCUUUCCAUUUUGGCCGGGUAUAUCUGCAGCAUGGCGAUCGCAUGUGCAGCCAGCACCAACUAUGCGGUGUCGGACGCCAUCGGGCGCGCAUUCGACAGCAUCUUUGGUGCUGCAGCUCAAACGGACAGUGACUUGUCGACCAAGUUGCAGGCAGAAGUAUGUCAAAGGACGUUUAGUGCGUUGUCGGAUAAGUCGAUUGCAGCUCGCGCAAGGUUGGUGACAAGGUUUCCGGGGGAGAGCAAGGAGGUGUGCGGCAUGACAAGAUGGUUGGCAUGGUGCGCGCUGACUGAGCACGUUGCACCAGCACGUUGUGCAACCCAAGCGGUAUCGCGUGUGGUCAAAGCGGAUACCGAGGUUGUUCCGUCCUCGGACCCAUUCGCAGAUGAAGCAGAGGGCUCGGACGAGGUGGAGUCAAAGAACGAGACCGAGAAUUGGAGACGAAUCAAGUUCGAGCCUUUCUCGCUCGAUCUCGAGAUGCUGGCGUCGGCGAUCGAUGCGAGGGGAGCGAGUUCACCAUUUCGGGUUGUGACGAACAGCGUUGGGCGCGCAGGCGACGCCGAUGCGCGCAUACCGUUCUGUACUGUUGAUGAUGGUCGCGCAAUCAGGUUUGAGACGCUGCUUGGAGCGACGCAACUGGCGUCGGUUGCAUUGCGCGAGCUACCGAUCCACAUGUGUACGUUUUCGCCGUCUGACCGUACGUCUGUGUGCGACCCACACAUCCGGCACGACCAGCUCGGCGCGUCAUCGCGAGCACUGCGCCUGGCACUCGAACCGUACCUCGCCUUGCACCCGCGUCUCGACCGCACGCGCAUUGCCGCACUCCACACCAUCAUCCAACGUCUCUCGCUCAUCAAUAGUCGCAUCCGUGACAACUCGGCCAACGUCAUCCUCCAAACACUCGCCAAAGACUCGCUCCAGACACUCUCGCAUUCGCUCGAGUACCAGCUGCACAUGUACUCGUCCACCGCUAUCGCCUCUAGCUUCAUCGUCUAA